UUAGUGCGUGUAGUGUAUUGUAUAGUUUUUAGUGCUCGUUUCGUUUAGUUUAGUGUAUCGUUUAGUUAAGUGUUCCGUUCCGUAUUGUAUAGUUUAGUGAUUAAUUGACAUUUUUAUUCUAUAUUUUACAGUGGAAAGGUAAUAUAUAGUAAUUUAAUUAAUAAAGUAAUAAUAAAGGGUUUUGUUGUUUUUUCAGUUUUAUUUCUAGAACAAUGCCAGGUUAUGUUCCCUGUUCUAUUAAGGAAUGCUUAGAUGUCAGGUCUACUAGACAUCGAUUUCCAAACCCUCAUAAACAACCAGAACGAUUUAAGAAAUGGAUUAAUGUUUGUGGCAAUGAGUCUCUACUUGAAUUGGAUCCAGAUAAAGUAUUUCGUAACCGCAGGGUAUGUCAUGUACAUUUCCAGGAUAGCGAUUUUACUGCAAAUCAAUUUAUAUCGAGAGAUUCAAUACCAUCGUUAAGAUUACCAAAACCAUUAGAUGAUAUUUUUUGUCAUGCACCAUCAACUAGCAGCUUUUCACAGCUAAUUUCAUUACCUAUGUCAACAGGUACCAAAAAUAUUUCAGAAAUAUGUACAGCUGAACCCAUGUCACUUGAAAACAAAAUCCAGGAGGUUAAACCUCAGAAUAAAAGACCCAAGAUAAGUAAGUAAAUCAGGCAUGUUAAACUCAUAUGAUAUUGCGGGCCACAUAAUUUUUGUUAAGUUGGGGCCGCUUGUUUAACAUGUCUGUUUUAAAAUAUAUUAAACAUUUAAUUAUACAUAAUGUAAACUUUACAUUUAUUUGUCACCGAGAAGAUAUUAUUAAUUUUAUCUUAAAUAUCUUUAUUAAAUUAAUUUUGUUUAAUUUUUGUAAACGAGUAAACCAUAUUUUAAAAGGUAAAAUUACCAAAGUAGGCUCUAAGAAUAUUGUAAUUGUGGAAGCAAAUCGCUAUUUUUUAAAAAGAAAAAAAUAAAUUUGUGUAAUGUACCAUUGUGUUUUAUUUAUCAAUCAUGUU